AUGUCAUUCCUAUCAUUUCUUAUUCUGGCUCUUCUUCCCUAUUUUUUCGUAGCCUUGCUCUUCCUUUUUUCUUCUUAUCCUUGCUCUUCUUCCCUAUUUUUUCGUAUCCUUGCUCUUCCUUUUUUCUUCUUAUCCUUGCUCUUCUUCCCGAUUUUUUUCAUUUUUGCUCUUCUUUUUUUUAGUUUUUCUAUUUUUGAACAUCCUUGCUCUCCUUACCCAUCUUUCUUAUCCUUGCUCUUCCUUACUAUUUAUUCUCAUCGUUUCUCCUCUAUCCUAUUAUUUUAUAAUCGUUGCAUUUCCUUAUUUUUUUUCAUUUUUGCUCUUCUUCCCUAUUUUCUUUCUUUCUUUCUUUUUUCUUUCUUUCUUCUUUUUCUAGUUUUCUUUCUUUUUUCUUUCUUUCUUUCUUUUUUAUUUCUUUCUUUCUUUUUUCUUUCUUUCUUCUUUUUCCAGUUUUCUUUCUUUCUUUCUUGUUUGCUUCUUUUUCCAGUUUUCUUUCUUUCUUUCUUUCUUUCUUUCUUGUUUGCUUCUUUUUCCAGUUUUCUUUCUUUCUUUCUUUUUUUCCAGUUUUCUUCCUUUCUUUCUUUCUUCUUUUUCCAGUUUUCUUUCUUUCUUUCUUUCUUUCUUUCUUGCUUCUUUUUCCAGUUUUCUUCCUUUCUUUCUUUCUUCUUUUCCAGUUUUUUUUUUUUUUUCUUUCUUCUUUUUCCAGUUUUCUUUCUUUCUUUCUUCCUUUCUUUCUUCUUUUUCCAGUUUUCUUUCUUUCUUUCUUUCUUCUUUUUCCAGUUUUCUUUCUUUCUUUCUUCUUUUUCCAGUUUUCUUUCUUUCUUGCUUCUUUUUCCAGUUUUCUUUCUUUCUUUCUUUCUUCCUUUCUUCUUUUUCCAGUUUUCUUUCUUUCUUUCUUCUUUUUCCAGUUUUCUUUCUUUCUUUCUUCUUUUUCCAGUUUUCUUUCUUUCUUUCUUUCUUCUUUUUCCAGUUUUCUUUUUUUCUUUCUUUCUUUCUUCUUUUUCCAGUUUUCUUUCUUUCUUUUUUUCUUUCUUUCUUGCUUGCUUCUUUUUCCAGUUUUCUUUCUUUCUUUCUUUCUUUCUAAUACAUGUUGAAAUCUGCGUUCACUUCAUUUUGCAUCACGUGACACACGUUCUUUUAGCUGGGCAAAUCGCAGAGCGUGCAUUCUUUAAGCCAGCAAAUGAAGAUCACGCACUUGAGAAUGUGGGCCCUCAAGAAGCCUGUCUUACUCUUUUUUCUUCCUCUCUUUGUCUCCUUCUUAUUCAUCACCGUUUUUCUUCUCUCUCUCUCUCUUUCUCUCUCUCUCUCAAACCACCUCAAAAGCAAUGGAUGCUGCUUUUUCAUAAAAUAGAAAUUAAGAAAAGCGGACAUGUUGGACCAUUCUUACAUCUAUCUAUCUAUCUAUCUAUCUAUCUAUCUAUCUAUCUAUCUAUCUAUCUAAUAAAAUAA